AUGCUGGAGGCGCGGGAGGCAGCCAAAGCAAUCGUACUCCCGGUUCACUGUCGUUCAUGUUUCAGACCCCACCCAUUAACCGCCAGCCACGAGCCCAACCAUCACCGAGCACAUGUAGCACAGGGAGUGCCGAAAUCAUUGCGGACCUUUAGGAGCAGCUCCAGGAGUGGGAUAGGGCGUUGGAGCAGAUACGGCAGGCGAUGCGUCCCGUCUGACUAUUGCCAUCUAAGGGUGAGAACGAGGGUGGAGAUCAAUCGUUUGAUGACGAGUCACAUAGUCGUUCCGUGCCAAGGCAGGAGGUCGUUGGAGCUGUCAGAGGCCGAGGGAGUUCAUUCAAAACCUUCAUGUACUAUAAGCUGCCUACCUUUAAGGGAGGCGAGAGUACUGUGGCAUGCCUUCGUUGGAUUAGAAAGAUGGACCAAACCUUCCGAUCUGGUUAAUUUACUGAGGACCAGAAGGUGA